AUGAUGACAAUUGGAAUUUUAACGAUCAUUGUUUUUGGCAUGUCCACUGCCUUUGUCGCGGAUGGGGCGAAAUGUCUCAACUCAAAAGACGUGGAAAGGUACGUGGUGGUCAACUGUGCCUAUCAAGAAAUGCUAUCUGUACCAAGUACUGACGUUUUAAAGGACGUCGAGACGUUAAACUUAGAGCACAACUACAUCGGCAAGCUAUUUAACAACAGUUUCACCGAGUACCCGAACAUCAAGAAUCUGAUGUUGUCGUUCAACAAGGUACACACCAUCGAGCCCGGGGCGUUAGGGUCGCUUGCCGAGCUGGAGACGCUGGACCUGUCACAAAACGCCAUCAAGGAAGUGCCGGCCGGACUGCCCAAAUCGCUGGUCCAGCUAAAGCUGAACGGAAACCCGGUGGCGGACAUGCGGCAGCUGGAGACGGCCGUCGGACUGCGAGUGUUGCAGCUCAGGGGCUGUGACCUGAGAACUUACCCGGCACUGGGCAUCAUGCCCAACCUGGUCAAUCUGGACGUGUCCGAAAACGUAGAGAUCUCCGAUCUGGACCCGGCCCAGCUGGCAGUCACGUGCCGCCUGGCCCGGCUCAACGUGACGGGCGCUACCAAUCUGUUCCGACCCGGGACGCCGGGCGCUCACUGCAGGUGCCGGCGCGUCGUCCAGUGGGCCCACACGUACAAGGUGACCGUUUUCGGUUUGGGCCAAUGCCCGGACCCGCUGGCCGGAGACGGUGAGGCCGACAUCCAUGACGACCCAAAGGACGAGGCCUGCGCCCGGACCCCGGAACCGGCCCUGGCCGCUUUCAAGGAGUGCAUGGCCGAGUGGGAACACCGAAACACGCCCUACUGGGCCAUCGCCUCUGGUAUCGUUAUCGUCGUGGCCUUACUGCUGGCGCUGUGCUUGUGCAUGCGCCGCCGCCGGAGGAGACGCCGCCGCGGCAACGCCGACAAAGUGCAGAGCGCCCAAUCGCCGCCGCCGUCCGAUACCAAAGUAGCACACAACGACUCGGCCGGCAACAACAAGACCGAACCCGCCGCGCUCUUGUCGUCGGCCGCGUGA